AUGGCCUGGGGUAGCAUCGAGGCUGGAGAUAGGAUGAACCCAACGACGCCGUCCCUGCGCGUGCCUAUGGCGCAGGUCGGCGAUACGUAUCAGCUUACGUCGGCCGCCUCCUAUCAGGGCCCUGAGCGGGCAAACUCCGGUCCCGAAAUAGCAUCACGGCGCGGCCACCCCCUGGACGCUUCACACGUGAGAUGA